AUGCGAAGCGCCAUCAGCAGUGCUUUUACGACUUGUGGCUGGCCCCCCUCUAUAUCAAAGAUCUUCCGUGUGGCCGAAAGCCGUCUAAUCUACACAAUAUCCAUGGACUCAUCUGCACGGGCGUACAUUCCCCUCCAUGACGAUUCCCCGAAGGACUUGUUCAAGAAAGCUACAGAUAUCUAUAAAAUUAUCCAAGAAAAGCUGGAAGAAAAGGGCAGUGUUGGUACUGCACUCAUCAGUGAUACUCUGACACGAUAUUUGGGUACCGUGAUCUUCGGCAGCAACUACAUCGAACGUGCUGGCCUCAACCUGGAAGAGACCAACAAAAUCUGCGAACGUAUCUUUCGAGGAGAAUUCGUGGAUCCAGAAAAAAUACCUGAAAAAGAAACACAUUACGAGAAGAAACUGAUCGAGGCGAUCCACUCUAAGACCCCAGCAUCUCAUAUCAUCCGAAGCCGGCGAGAGGUAGUCCAACAUGCGCUGGCACUGAACUUUUUGAUAGAUGAAGUGGUUGUCAAGGACAAACCGCUUUCCGAGAACCUGAUUCUCCAUACCCACCAGAUUCUGACGGAGUGUAUCGACACGGCUGGGGGCAUCCCUUGGACAGAAUACUCGGGCAGGUAUAGAAAGGUACAUGUUCAUGCCGGGAAUACGAAUUUUGUUUCGCCUAGAUAUGUGCCCGCGAAGAUGAAAGAGCUGGUUGCCGAGUUCGAGAGAGAUAUUCAUAAGUUUGAAUCUACCCAUGUCCUUGAUCCAUUCACCUUGGCUGCCAAGUACUGCAACGACUUUGUGAUGAUUCAUCCUUUUGCCGACGGUAAUGGAAGAAUGUGUCGAUUGAUCAUGAACGCAAUACUGUUAAAGUACGCCGGGAUCGUGGUCUGUCUGGGUGAGCACGAUGAAAGCCGCCGGCAAUACAUCGACAUUCAAAAGCGAGCUGGAGAACGUAUGGAAGGUUCAGGAGAGCUUGCUGCAUUAAUUUUGAGAAAGUCAGUUGCUCGAUAUCGAACCAUUAAACAGAAAAUCAGCGGAAAGAAGCAGGGUUGA